AUGACCUCUUGGAGGUCUGCAGCGCAAAAGGUGCGUCGCUUAUCGUGCUGGGCGUCUGUACUCGCGUCGCUAGCCCAUAUCGGGACGAAUCAGACAGAAAACAAAUCAUGGCUGAGACUAGCAGUUUUCGCGCAGAAGAUCGCGUUCGUGGCGCCCGGGGCACCUUCUGCGAGCGCAACCAGAGCCGCAACGGAGGAGAGAAUUGAAAAACCAUCUGAAACCCCGUCCAGUAACAAGCCUCCGGCGUCCGCAACUCGCCACCAGGAGAGUUCGCCGCUACCGGGCGCGGUGACGAGGUUCUACCGUGACGAGGCACAGGAUGCGAAUAAGAAAGCAUCAACGUCGUUUGGCCACAUGCCGGGGCCGCAGAAGCUUCCGACGGGAGUCGGCGUCACUCUCAGUGCGGAAGAAGCUGCUCAGAGGACCUCUUCGCUGACGCGGCUUCGUCUCGAAUACCCCACGCUGUACCGCGGAGCCGUGGUCUUAACCGCCGUGUGUGUCGUCUUGAUUCUGAUCUUGCUCGUGGAUCGGUGGUGCUUAGCGGGGAGCAGAUCGAGUCGCGCCGUGAGUACCCGGGAUGUGUCUAUGACGCAGCGUUUGCACGACCCCGUUGAGGAGGAGUCGAUGGAGUGA